AUGUCGCUUAGCUAUCGCCGAGACAGUCCUAUUUCGUCACCAUAUGGAUUUGCUAUGAAAUUAGCACCGAAAUCGAGCAAAAUUGGUAGAGACGUCACUGAAAGCAUUAUUCAACAAAAAAGAUUUCCUAUUGCAUGGUUUGUAACUCGUCGCCAGUCAGAAAGUAAACGAGAACGCCUUGUGGAUGAACUUAAGAAUUCAAUGUGCAAAGAUUAUGCUACGGAAAAAUUAUGGAAUCAAGGCUACCAACACGAUGUUAUUCCACUUGUACUGAAACGGAAAUUCGUUCAACCAUUUGCCCCACCUCAUUCAUUCAUUGCUGCCGAUGAUUUUACUACGGCUGAACAAAUGGCAAAUUAUCUGAAAUAUCUAAUGAAGAACAAAACCGCUUAUCUUGAAUAUUUCAUGUGGAAGAAAGAUUAUAUAGCUAUUUACGUGGACGGUAACAACCACGAUAUGCUUGAGAGACCAUGGGGAAUUUGUCAAUUGUGCAGGUAUCUUAUAAAGACGCAAAAUUAUAGAAUUCUUUAUAAAUAUUUGUAG